AUGAUUUGCCUGAAAUACACAAAUAUGGCGAUAGCCGGCCUCAGAGAAGCACUUUGUGACCCGAAGAAGGCGACGAAGCCUGAGACUGUCACGACUGCAAUGGCCUUGUGCAUGAAUGAUGUUUGCAAUGGGAAUAUGAAGAUCUGGCGGACGCACCUCCGUGGAGUCUUGCGAAUUCUUAUGGCGCUUCUGGAACACCAACGGGUGUCACUCAAGGUUAUGAAUGAUCCUUUCAUUCAAUGUCUAGUGAAGUGGUUCAAGACCAUGGAUAUACUAGCUGCCUUGUCAGGAGUUCAUGGCGAGUGCAUUCAUAAUCCUGGAAAUGGGCCGUUGAAUUCGCUUUCAGACCAUACAACUUGGCACGUGGAUGAAAUAAGCGGCUACUCGUUGGAACUUAUCCCCAUACUUGCAGAAGUAUCCAACUUGGCUAGCCAAAUACGGCUUCGUGUAGCUGGAGAAACGGGAAACGACUAUGCACCAUCCCUAGAGAUGAUGAUCCAAGCUGAGGAACUCGAGUCAAAGCUUUUGCAACUUCUCGACCGGCCAGUUUGCGACGAGACCUUAUCCCGUGGUGGCAGCAUCGCUUUGGAGCUACAGAGCACACAUCUUUCAUUCGUACAUUCUGCACUACUCCAUCUCCACAGACGUGUGCAGUUGCAUCCCAAAGACCAUAUCAAAGUCAGAACCGAUAUCAAAAACAUUCUCGGUGCCUUGAGUCUCAUCGAGCCACAUUCACCUAUGAAUAUACUCAUUCUUUGGCCGAUAUUCAGUGGUGGAUGUGAGACUGAGGAGAGCGAGGAGCGAAAUACGAUACUAGCACGCAUGGGAAACAUGCAGAAGCUUGGUAUGGGUAAUUUUACAAGAGCCAGAGAGGUACUGCGCAAAUACUGGGUAUCAGGUAGUCAACUACCCUGGGAUAUCUACCUCGCACGACUUGGGCUGGAGCUUGUUUUGUUUUAA